GUUGACAUGUCUGGAAGAGGAAAAGGCGGGAAAGGACUCGGGAAAGGAGGCGCUAAGCGUCACCGAAAGGUUCUCCGCGAUAAUAUCCAGGGAAUCACUAAACCCGCUAUUCGUCGUCUUGCUCGACGUGGCGGCGUCAAGCGUAUUUCUGGCCUGAUCUAUGAAGAGACCCGCGGUGUGUUGAAGGUGUUUCUGGAGAACGUCAUCCGUGAUGCUGUGACUUACACUGAACACGCCAAGAGAAAGACCGUCACCGCCAUGGAUGUUGUGUACGCGCUGAAGCGACAGGGACGCACUCUGUACGGGUUCGGCGGUUAAGACUCACGAAGAAGAAAAACCCAACGGCUCUUUUAAGAGCCACCCAC